AUGAACAUAUCUACUAUCCCUGUACCUUCUCUAUCGAGUCUCUGGAUAGCCCUACCUUCGGUUGGCCCAUUCAAUGUCGCUUGUUCAUUUGCUGCAUUGUGGGCUUUUGUUAAAUUCCUAAGGGCACUUCGCUGGCGAUUGAGGACGACUCAACUGUCGGGUCCGCCUCGCACCAGCUUCGUAUACGGCGUUUCGCAUGACCUCGCCUCAUCUCACGAUAGUGCUGCAAUAUAUGAACAUUGGGCAACGGAAUAUGGGAUCACCUAUAUGAUUCCGGGAGUACUCGGGCGGACUAGAGUCGUGUUGUGUGACCCAAGAGCUAUAGCACAUUUCUACGCCCGAGACUCAUGGACAUAUGUGCACACACCCCUCGAUUUGGUGCUUCUGGAGACAUCAAUCGGUAGAGGCCUGCUGUGGCAUCAGGGCGAAGAUCACAGGAGGCAGCGGAAGGCCCUCACGCCAGCAUUUAGCAAUGCAGCUAUUCGGAAACUCACAUCGGUUUUUUAUGAUUCAGCUUACAAGGUCAAAGGAAAAUGGGAUACUGUCAUAGAAUCGAGCAAGGAUGGCGAAGCUGUCAUCGAGGUCCAGAACUGGAUGAAUCAUAUAUCUCUCGACACGGUUGGCAUUGCGGGUUUCUCCCAUGAUUUUGGCUCGCUCGAUGGAAAGCGUGCCAACGUGACCGAAGUGUUUGAUGCUUUCGGAAGCAACCAACAGGAUUCGGCAGUAAACCAAGUUUUUAUGCUGCUCGCAUCAGUAUUUCCUAUCAUUCUCAAGAUUCCCACCAAGCGGCAGAAUCUGUUCAAAAAACUCGAAGCAAACAUGGGACAAAUAUCUAACGAGUUAUUGAUUCGUAGCCGCCGAGAGAAGGAUGUGAAUAUGAACGAGGGAGGCCAGGAGAAUUCUGUCAUCGGAUUGUUGAUUAAAUCCGAAGGUCAGGGAACCCAACUUCGUACGUCGGCGGAGGAAGUAAUGGCUCAGAUGAAGGUUUUGCUUCUGGCAGGUUAUGAGACGACAUCCAUCAGUCUUACGUGGGCGCUGAUUGAGCUAUCGCAACACCCUGACGUCCAAACCAGGCUCAGAGAAGAAUUGCUUGCGUUCGGCCCUGAUCCGACAUAUGACCAAUUAAAGGCCAACCUUCCAUACUUGGAUGCGGUUGUCCAUGAAACUCUACGAGUUCAUCCUCCAUUGCAAGAAUUCACUCGUCGGGCAACGGCAGAUGACGUUAUUCCUUUGAGCGAACCUGUGCGCACAUUGUCCGGGACAAUGACGGACAGUAUAUCUAUAGCGAAGGGAACAUUGAUCGCGAUACCAGCCGCGGCGAUCAAUCGCUCUUCGGCCAUCUGGGGGCCUGACGCGAAAGAAUUCAAGCCUGACCGUUGGCUGACUGAAGAAGGCAUUGGUGGGAAGGCGAAGGAAGUUCAAGGUCAUAGGCAUCUGCUGACAUUCAUCGAUGGCCCGAGGACGUGUCUUGGAAAAGAUUUUGCGAUCAUGGAAUUUAAGACGGUUUUAUCGGUCCUGGUGAAGAGUUUCACAUUUGAGAUGCGGGAUGGACUGGACACUCCAGUUGAAACUGCAAUGGGAGUUUUACCUCGUCCACGGGUUGUUGGAGAAGAUGGUAUUGGAGUACCUUUGAGAGUUCGUCGAUACGAAUGAUUGGUCGCGCUGCACCAGAUUUUACUGUAGAUUUUUCUUCAACUUAUUCGCGACUAACCGUGGAUUGUAUUCAGAUCGGAAGGAGUGUGGGUAAUUGUUGUCAUGAUAUGUACACUAUAUAGCUUUGUACAUGCUAUCCUUGCUAUCCUUUUUGCUGCCAAGCGGAACAUUGUCAGCCUGAUCACGUGCGAGAUAAAGGCGGGCCGCAUCACAUCCGUGACAGAGCCUUCAAUGAAUCAAUAUCAUUGCCU